AUGCGUUUCUCAGCUGCUUUCGUCUCAACGCUUGUACUAUCUGGUACUGCGUUUGCUGGAGCUGGAAACCAGACAACUUCUUUGGAGGCAUCUCCUUCGGCCCAUGCAGAUGCGGAGACGCUGUCAGUUACCCAGCAUAAUGCCAAAGCCGAUACCGGGUCAGACGUUACUUCGCUAGCCAAUCCCAAGGACGAUACUUCUAUCCCUCCUUCCACUUCUCCGGAAUCACCAGAAGCCACCCCUCAUGUCACAGCAACAGGUAACCCUAACGGGAAUCAAGAUAACGACAACGGCGAACCGACCGAGCCUCCAAAUGCUGUAUCAUCGCAACAGACCAUUCAUUCUACCGCCCAAGACCCUGCCAGAUCUACUGGAAAUGGCAAUGGUUCCAUGAGCCCCAGCAGCACCGGUAUCUCGGACUCUAGUGCUAGCACUCAGGAUUCCCAUGGUACUACGAGCCCGGGCUCAAAAACCUCAGGUACCCUUUCCACAGAGACAGCUACCGUGACUCGUACUGGUACUGCUGCAGGAAGUAGUAGCACUUAUGACGGUGAUCAAGAUGACGACACUCUCUUCAGUUCUUGGGAUGACUUUGGUGAUUUUUUUGAAGGCUUGAAAGGUCUUUUGUCGCCCACGCUCCUGGAAGAUAUCGAAUCUUUCUUUCAUCAUGUUGCUUGGUUACUCGAUGAUCAGACAACGACGAACACCAAAAAUUUGAUCAACACAGCUUCUGGUCUUCUCACAAAGAGCUUGAUCAACAAGCUGGAGGGACUUUUGGACAAUGCCAGUGAGCUGCUGACCCCUGAAGUGGUUAAAAAUCUCAAGGAAUUACUUCCAGAGCUUUCUCCUCAGCUUCUGAGGGAGGCUAGCAGUCUUCUUGAUAACGCAAACAAACUGCUUACCCCAGAGACUACAUCUGAACUUCAGAAGUUGAUCUCGAUGGUGGCACCAGUUAUCAAACCAGAGCUCUUCCAAGAAGUCAACAGCUUGCUUACAAACGGUAACAAGCUUCUCACCCCCAAAUUCAUCGACGAGACUCGCGACCUGAUUGGCACGGUGGCACCAGUCAUCACUCCCGACUUGCUGAAGGAGGUGAACUCUUUACUUUCAAAUGGUAAUAAACUGCUCUCCUCGGAGUUUAUUGAUGAAACAAAGCAUCUCAUUGGAACUGUGGCACCGGUCAUUACGCCUGACUUGCUGAAGGAGGUGAACUCUUUGCUUUCAAAUGGCAACAGGUUACUCUCAUCGGAAUUCAUUGAUGAGACGAAGCAUCUCAUCGGAACCGUGGCACCUGCUAUUACCCCCGAACUCUUGAAAGAGGUCAACAGCUUGCUUGGCAACGGUAACAAGCUCCUCACGCCUGACUUCAUCAACGAGACUCGUGGUUUGAUCAGCACCGUGGCCCCAAUGAUCACCCCAGAGCUUUUGAAAGAGGUCAACUCCCUGCUUUCUAAUGGUAACAAAUUGCUGUCGCCGAACUUCGUCAACGAGACGAAGGGAUUGAUUAGCACAGUGGCUCCCUAUGUCACCCCCGAGCUCCUCAAGGAAGUGAACUCGUUGCUUUCUAAUGCAAACAGUCUUUUGACUGAGAAGACAACCAAAGAACUGACCAACCUUUUGGAUAUGAUUGGACCAGCCUUGACGCCGAAAUUGUUGCAGAAUGUAUCCUGGUUGCUGGGUAACGGUACCACUUUACUCAGUCCGAGCUUUGUCAAUAAGACCAUGGGAUUGAUCGAUGGAAUUGCCCCUGUCGUUACCCCAGAGCUUCUGAGCCAGGUGGGAGGCUUGUUGAACAAUGCAGAUGAACUUCUCACCAAGAAGUUUGUUAACGAGACACAAAUAUUGAUCGAGGAUGCUUCUGACAUUCUUCCUCUGGUUACAAGCUUGUUGGAUGCGCUCUAA